GCCGCGCCAGGCAUGCAGUAAAAACUGAAAAUCUGAGUCACAGCUGAAUAAGACCUCAGACGUGGAAUCCAGGAUGUGGCCUGCACUACUGCUGUCCCACCUCCUCCCUCUCUGGCCACUGCUGUUGCUGCCCCUCCUGCUACCUGCCCAGGGCUCCUCCUCUCCUCGAACCCCACCAGCCCCAGCCCGCCCCCCAUGUGCCCGGGGAGGUCCCUCAGCCCCACGCCACGUAUGUGUAUGGGAGCGGGCACCCCCACCAAGCCGAUCCCCUCGGGUCCCAAGAUCACGUCGGCAAGUCCUACCAGGCACUGCGUCCCCUGCCACCCCAUCAGGCUUUGAGGAGGGACCACCCUCUUCCCAGUACCCCUGGGCUAUCGUGUGGGGCCCCACAGUGUCUCGAGAGGAUGGAGGAGACCCCAACUCUGCCAAUCCUGGAUUUCUGCCCCUGGACUAUGGCUUUGCAGCCCCCCAUGGGCUGGCUACCCCCCAUCCCAACUCAGACUCCAUGCGGGGUGAUGGAGAUGGGCUCAUCCUUGGAGAAGCACCUGCUACCCUGCGGCCAUUCAUGUUUGCGGGCCAUGGGGAAGGUGUGGAUCCCCAGCUCUAUGUCACAAUUACCAUCUCCAUCGUCAUUGUUCUUGUGGCCACCGGCAUCAUCUUCAAGUUCUGCUGGGACCGAAGCCAGAAGCGACGCAGGCCUUCAGGGCAGCAAGGUGCCCUGAGGCAGGAAGAAAGCCAACAGCCGCUGACAGACCUGUCCCCAGCUGGAGUCACUGUGCUGGGGGCCUUCGGGGAUUCACCCACCCCUACCCCUGACCAAGAGGAACCCCGAGGGGGACCCCGACCUGGGAUGCCCCAGCCUAAGGGGGCUCCAGCCUUCCAGUUGAACCGGAUUCCCCUGGUGAAUCUGUGAUGCCCCUCAAUGCUGGGGUGCCGCCAAGCAGGAGGCCAAGGGGCUAUCAUAGCCCCCACCCCAAGGAGGGUGGGGCAGCUGUGGGGAGCAGGGACCACAGGUGCUCCUGGCUCUACCCUUGCACACCACCCCUGGGACACUCCCCAGCCUCACAGGCACUUCUACCUGCUCACACUCCU